CAGCUGAAUGGAGCAUCUUUUCUCCCUUCCUUGCUUCCCACUGCAUGUCUGCUUAGUGCCCUUUCUUACUGCUGUUCUCCAAGUUCCUUGUCUUACCCAGCUCCUCUGAUAAGCCCAGCCGUGGCUGUAAGCCCAGUUCUCAGCACCUGCAAAGCCCUCUCCAUGCUGAUUUCCAGCAGAACCCAAAACAACACUCUUCUCAAAGGGAAAAGUGUUUGUGCAAAGCUUCUCCCUUUCUUUUCUGUCUGCAGCCUCCUGCAUCCUUACGGUGACUGCAUUCCUGGCAUACCAGACUUCAGAUGGCUUGAGAAGCAUCUCGAGCAGGCUGGAGUAUCUCCUGCUUUGACUCCCUCCCCGGAUGCAAAUUUCCUCUUUCUACAUUCCAGAAAAGGGCGGGCUGCCCAGGGUGCUGUGGUAUCUCCGGGCUGUGUGGAGGAGCCAUGCCCACCUAGCACUGCCCAGGCUCUCGGCGAGCUGAAGAUGGCGGCCCAGAGGAUCCGGGCAGCCAACUCCAGCGGCCUGCUGCGCUGCAAGUCGGAGGGGACACUCAUCGACCUCAGCGAGGGCUUCUCGGAAAGCAGCCUGUGCGACGUCAAAGUGCCUUCUCCUAGUGCCUUGCUGGUUGACAAUCCCACGUCCUUUGGAAAUGCAAAGGAAGUAAUAGCAAUCAAAGAUUACUGUCCAACUAAUUUCACCACUUUGAAGUUCUCUAAGGGGGACCAUCUUUAUGUCUUGGACACAUCGGGAGGCGAGUGGUGGUAUGCUCACAAUACCACAGAAAUGGGUUACAUCCCUUCCUCCUACGUCCAGCCUGUGAACUACCGCAACUCUUCCUUAACGGACAGCGGGAUGAUAGACAAUCUACUGGAGAGCCCUGACGAGGGGGUCAGGGAGCUAGACCUGCUUGGGGAAUGGACUGAUGUGAAAAGAAACUCUGUGAAAGCCCACAGUAACAACCCUUUCUUGAACGGUGUCCAGACAAAUCCAUUUCUCAAUGGGAAUUUGCAGACGUUGACCUGCUCAGACAGAGAGCCCAACUCCAAAGCAUCUGUUGACUUGCUGCUCUUCGACACGGGGCCUCCUGCUUCAACAGUUCCUAGCUCAGCUGCUAAUAGCAGCAUGGGUAACAUUUUUGAUGAAUUUCCAUCCACAAACAGGCUGGACCUGGAAGAGUCUGUGAAAAGGGACAAUCCCUUCUUCAGGAGCAAACGCUCUUACAGCUUGUCUGAGCUGUCUGUUCUGCAAGCCAAGUCAGACACUCCAGCACAGUCGGGUUUUUUCAACGGUUUAAAAUCUCCCACUCCUGAGCAAUUCCAGAGCAGGGAAGAUUUUAGGACCGCAUGGUUGAACCAUAGGAAGCUGGCCCGAUCUUGCCAUGACUUGGAUUUGCUUGGUCAAAAUCCUGGCUGGGGUCAGACACAACCGGUGGAGACCAACAUUGUGUGCAAACUGGAUAGCUCUGGUGGAGCUGUUCAGCUUCCAGACACCAACAUCAGCAUCCAUGUGCCAGAAGGUCACGUGUGCCCCGGGGAAACGCAGCAGAUCUCCAUGAAAGCUAUGCUAGAUCCACCACUGGAGCUCAACAGUGAUAAGUGCAGCACCAUCAGCCCCGUCCUGCAGAUCAAACUCAGCAACAUGGAGGUGAAAACAUUCAUCAUUCUGGAGAUGAAGGUGUCUGCAGAGGUUAAGAAUGACAUCAUGAGCAAGAGUUUGGUAAGACUGCAGUGCCUUCGGAGCGACAUGAAGGAGGGGCCAUACACACCAAUGCAGCUGAGCUAUUCGUAUGGGGACACGAUACAGGUGCAGCUGGAGAACCUGGAGCCUUGCAUGUACAUAGCUGCUGUAGCUCAAGGGCAGAACAUCCUCUACCCUUACACUGUUUGGGAUUAUAUCAGCAAGAAGAUCACAGUUGGUGUUUAUGGCCCGAAACAUAUUCACCCUUCCUUUAAAACAGUUGUGGCCGUGUUUGGGCACGAAUGUGCACCCAAGACUCUCCUAGUGAACGAGGUCACGAGGCAGUCUCACAGCCCAGCUCCAGUUGCCCUUCAGCUCUGGGGUAAGCACCAGUUUACUCUGUCCCGGCCUCAGGACCUCAAGCUCUGCAUGUUCUCCAACAUGACCAACUAUGAGGUGAAAGCUAGUGAGCAAGCCAAAAUUGUGCGAGGCUUCCAGAUGAAGCUGGGCAAGGUCAGUCGCCUUAUCUUCCCCAUUGCAUCCCACGAUCCCAACGAGCUCUCGGAUUUCACGCUAAGGAUACAGGUCAAGGAUGACAAGGAUGCCAUUUUGACCCAGUUCUGCGUCCAGACGCCACAGCCGCCUCCUAAAAGUGCCAUCAAACCGACAGGGCAGAGGCGGUUCCUCAAGAAGAACGAGGUUGGAAAGAUCAUCCUUUCACCUCUGGCUGCCACUGCCAAGUAUCCGGUUUUUCAGGACCGGCCGGUGUUGAGCUUGAAGUAUGGCAAACUGCUGAAAACAGUGGUGCGGCAAAGCAAGAAUCACUAUUUGCUGGAGUACAAGAAAGGAGACGUCAUAGCCCUCCUCAGUGAGGAGAAGAUCAGAUUGAAGGGACAACUGUGGACGAAGGAGUGGUACAUCGGCUACUACCAGGGCAAAAUAGGCCUCGUGCACACCAAAAAUGUGCUGGUGGUUGGAAAGGUCAAGCCCAGCUACUUCUCUGGGCCUGAUCUCACCACCAGCCUGUUGCUCGAGCAAAUCCUCAGACCCUGCAAAUUCCUAACCUAUAUCUAUGCCUCCGUGAGGACUCUUCUCAUGGAGAACCUCAGCAGUUGGAGGUCCUUCGCGGACGCGUUGGGCUAUUUGAACUUACCGCUCACGUUUUUCUGCCGAUCAGAGUUGGACAGCGAGCCGGAGCGAGUGGCCUCCGUGCUGGAGAAGCUGAAGGAAGACUGCAACAACACAGAGAACAAGGACAGGAAAUCUUUUCAGAAGGAGCUGAUGAUGAUCUUGCUGCGUCUGAGCCUGUUGGUGAAGGAUGAGCCCUUCUCCUGAUGGAAAGCUGCUUCUAAACCCCUUGCUGCUGUCAAAUGGUCCUUAGCUUACAACGAAACAAGAGUGAGAUUGAUUUUUAAAAAACCACAACAACUGUGUUUGGGGAAUGACAGUUGAAAAGUAACUUAUUUUGUCGCGUGUAUGGCUAAUUUUAUUUGCAACAAGUGGUCUUGCUUUCUGCUGGUGAGAUCUGUGUAUUUCAUGCUAAAGUUGACUGUCCCAUCCCAGAGGGACUGUGGAGAGGGAAAUGGUAAGGCUGCUUAUCUCACAUCGGUGUUGAGUACACAGGAUUGCCAUGGCAGAGCUAUACACCGGUAGCUAAGCAUGGAAAAGCCCUCUCAUUGAUGACUAGUUAAUAAAUAAUCUGUGAUUACUUACUCUUUUCGCCUAGCAAAAGCAGCAGUGUGUGAAGGUAACUGAGGGGAGCAUUGCUCACGAGUUAGUCAUCACAUCAGAGAGAGAAACAGCUCUCCCCUCCCUCUCUGCCCAUCAACCCAGGCAGCAAGCAGGUUGUCUCCUCGAAGCCUGUAGGCACUGCAGCCUGGAUCUGCAACGAUACACGAGCAGCCUAACAGACCUCUUGCAGCUGGGCAGACCUCUGUGGCUGCUUCUGAGGGGAAGAAAUGCGUUUGCUCACUUCUCCAUGGCAGGGCUUCAAGGUGACAUGCUUUUCCCACACACACAGGCAGCAUCGCUGUGGUCGGUGGCUGCAGCCCAGCAUGCAGGUGCAAACUCCAUCACAUUUCCAAGCCUUUGGAGUCCCAGCAAACGCCGGGUGUUCGGGUGCUUUUGAAAAUGUGAAGUCACAUACCACAGUAUAAUCCAAUGCACUCGGGUUGCCACAUGAGAGCCGUGCCAGGUUUCAUUUGAGAAACUUGACCUAACUUGCCGUACAGUGGCUGCACUGCCUGGUCCUCUGGAGCUGGAGUGAAGCCUGCCAUGAAAGACAUCACUUCUUUCACUCUGCAUUUUUUGAUACGGUGUUUUGGUAGAGCCUUGCUCUUAUCAGCCUUUCCAAUAAAUGCUGCUUCUAGGAAGCAGCACUGGUCUGCUGAGAAUAUGACUGCACUUGUUAGCAGAGUGCUGCAGAUCCUAUAAGCUUUUUCUUCUCCGGAUAACUGGAGAUGUGCUUCUGCUUGCUGUAUUUAUUGUGUCUGCAGGUGUGUGAAUGCUGCCUCUUUUCUACCAAGGUGGAGUGAAUGCUGCGUCCUCAUCCCUGGUGCUGGAGAGCCUGAGCACUGUGUUCCUGCUUGGAUCUCGUGUUGCUGUGCCCGGGGCACACAAGCCCAACCUGCUCUUCUUCCCUCCCCCUAGCUCCUGCAUCCUGAAUUGAGCUGCUGGCAGUCCUGCUCUGAAUUUGGGUCCUUGGUGAAAAGCAGGUCCCUCAAACAGAGGGCAAUGCUCCCACCAAGGUUCUGCCAAGCAGGCUGCUCAGAGCAGGGUGGUGGUAGAGCAGUGGCACAGGGCUGGCUGUGAACUUCCCUGCAGGCUCCUAGCUCUGCAGGCAACAUCAGAUGACCUGCUUUUGUUUGCUGGGGCCGAGAGGAAAUCGUUGAUGCCUUCCUGUUCCUCGGUGCGGGUAUUUCAUAGUGCUGUACCUGAUGCAUUCUCAUGCUUGGUUAAUGGAACUCGGAACGUUGCUGCUGCUGUAACCACAUCUUUGCCUCCCCAGCAGCUACCUUCAGCCCUUUCAGGCAGUGAUUAAUGCCUGAUAACGCUUAGACCCUCCAGGGUGCUUUCUAAUUUAAAUGCUGUUUAAAAAAUCAUUAACUAAUUUAAAAACUCCAUUUCCAUCACCGCUUCCUUCUGGGUCUCACGCUUGGCAGGCACGAGUGAACUUGGGGACACUUCCCACCUCUGGGGCAAAGGAGAAAGGCUUCAUCCCAUGG